ACUCCCUUGUGAAAGCCCUCCUCUUCCCUCAGUAGGCUGAGCACUCGGUCUGGAUGCGCGCUGAACACAGCGGCUUAUAGAAGAUGUCCGCGGCGGGUGCUGGAGCUUGCGGACUCGGACCUGGAGCCGGCGGCGCUCCGGGAUCUGGAGUCUCCAACCCUCGAAAGUUCAGCGAGAAAAUCGCCUUACACACUCAGCGCCAGGCCGAAGAGACCGCCGCUUUCCAGGAGGUCAUGAUGGACAUCACAUCCACACGGAUUCAGGCUCAGAAAGUGCGACUGGCUAGAACCCAGGGCCCUUACUAUGGAGGCUCUCUGCCAAACGUCAAUCAGAUCGGCAGGAACGCAGCCGACCUCCAGGGUCUGUUCCACACAAACUCAGAAUCCAGUCGCUCCACACGGCACCAUGGGCUGGUGGAGAGAGUCCCCAGAGACAGACGCUUUGCCUCCCCCAGCCGACCAUACAGGAGACACAUGGACAGCUCUCAUAGCAGCUCUGCAUACCUGUCUCCACCCCCUGACCCAAGCUGGAGAAGGAACUGGUCCAGUAAUUUCUCCAUGGACAAGAACCCAUUGUUCCGUCUUCCCACCACAGCACUCAACAGAACGAACUCAGACUCUGCUCUGCACACCAGUGUGAUGAACCCUCCCACAGGAGAUCCGUUCAGUGCGGGACAUGCCCUAAACCCACACGGGAGACGCAGCGGUUUAACCGAGGGUGAAAAAGGGCGGAGGAUGUUUCCAUACCCUGUACCUCCCAUCGAGGAGAAUGUAUUAAAUGAAGGCAAGCUUCUAAAACCAUGGGACUCAAAGAAGUUACAUAUGCUGUCCUCACGACCAAAGUCUUGUGAAGUUCCUGGAAUCAAUAUAUACCCUUCACCAGAUCAACAAGCCAAUACUCCUCUUGUCCCAUCUGCUUUGAAUACUGGAGGUUCUCUGCCUGACCUGUCCAGUCUGCACUUCCCCUCACCGCUGCCCAUGCCACUUGACCCAGAUGAGCCUGGCUACCCCUCCCUCAGCGGGGGUAACAGCACUGGCAACCUAGCCUGCACCCUCACUCAGCUUGGCAUCAAUACCACAAAUGCCUUCAACUCUCCAGGACUCUUGGCCUCUCUGCAGGGCACGCUUAGUAACCCUAAUCUCCAGUCUUCCCUUAGCAAUCCUAACAUCCAGUCAUCUUUAAGCAGCCACUCUUUCCCCAACUCCCUUAGCUCUGCCUCGCUGCAGUCAUCACUUAGCAAUCCUUCCCUUCAGUCCUCCCUUAGCUCCUCCCCUUCUUUGCAUUCAUCCCUCAGCAACCAAUCCCUUCAUUCCUCACUCAGUAAUUCUUCUCUUAGUGGUCAGCCCCUCCCAUCAGUGAAUAAUGCAGGGGGGUCUGGCCCCUGUUUGAGUUCCUACCCUACGCUGUUACCUGGGAAGGCGCAGCAACAAUUAAGCUCCUCCCCCCAUAGGCGGGGUCAGCUGUCACCGCUGAACCUGCCCCUGGGCCCGGAUUCCCGCAGGCACCACCCCAAACAGUUCUCACCCACCGUCUCGACCACACUUUCUUCAAUCACACAGGGUGUUCCACUAGAUACCAGUAAGCUCCUGAUGGACCAGAGAUUACCACCAUACCCUUUUGGUCAGUCUCAGCAAGGCCUGAGCAGUGACGCACAGAAAUGCUGCUCCUCACCACAGUCCAGCCAGCCACCAGUCCAGCACCAACAAGUACAGCAACAUCAGCAGACAGCACAGCCUUCCCAGUGCCACCCCCACCAACAUACACAACACCCACAGGCCAUGCAACUGCACAUGCAGAACAUGCACAACCUGCAUAAAACACAGACCUUUCCAUUUGAGCAUGUGCAACAACAGCAACAACAACAGCAACAACAACAACAGCAACAACAACAACAACAACAGGGCUCCCACCUCCAACCACAGUUGAACCAAAACCGCAGCAGCGCAGCAGACGAGCCAGGGCAAGUGAACUCCCAGAACUCGCAGGGACCUGAUGUACAGACGCAGACACACACACAAGUUGUACAGCAAGAACAGAACCAGAACUUUCCUCAGCUUCAGCAGAUCAGCCAGUCUCUAGCCAGUGAACUUGGGCUAUACCAUGAUUCCUUAUUACUGAAUUCCCUUCUGGAUGAUCCAUACCUGGGCCUACAACUCACUGGCAGGCAAAACCAGAACCUUUCUCAGCAGUUUGCCACUGAUGCUCACACGGAAGGUUUGUCCUUUAACCACAGUCUGGACUCCACCAUGAAAGGCCAGGAUGGUUCCUACACCAGCCACCAAGAGGUGCUAGACUUGCUGGACUCCUCAGAUCAUCAGUUCCUCAACCCCAGUCAGAACCAGAACUAUGGCACUGGGCGCCACCCUGUCCCUAACAUCAUACUGACUGGAGACUCUCCUCCUGGUUUGUCUAAAGAGAUCACUAGUGCUUUGUCUGGAGUGCCAGGCUUCGAGGUGGACCCCUUCACUUCAGACGACACGCUCAGGAUGGAGCCUCUGGCUUUGGACGGCCUCAGCAUGCUCGCCGACGGAGACUUGAUGCUAGCUGACCCUGCCGUUGAGGACUCGUUUCGCUCUGACCGACUCAAAUGAACAAGAGAAGGGUUGAUUGGAACGAUUAGGAGUCAGGAGACAUCCAUACAGCCUGCGAGUAAGAAGAAGUGAAGUCUUUAAGGCAUUCCAGUGGAGUUUCCCUUCACUCUCUACUUAGGGUUGAAACCUGCUUCAGAGAUUCCUAAAAGGGACCAACUAUGGUUUUUUUUUUGUUUUUGUGUUUGUUUGUUUGUUUUAGCUGUUGUUUGUUUUUGUUUUGUUUUUUGCUCUAAGCCCCAUGCACUUGCUGAGAGUUCAUAAAUGUAGGCAUUAGCUUGUCUAAGUCCUAACUGCAUGUUGACGUAUGCACUUCAGAUUAUUUCACUCUUACAACAGGAGUCAAGCAUGUGAUGCCAACUGGCAGAAAAGGUUUAAAUCAUUGAAAUGCUUUUUUCUUUUUCUCAUCCCCUGAGUAUUGUCUCGCAAAAACAAGUGUUAAUCUCACAGAAGAGGAUCUGCCAAAACAGAUACCAGACCAACUUCACUCUUCAAGUAAAUGAGUAUUUAUUAAUUCCACACUGGUUACCAGUGACAGUGAUGCUCAAUUUCCAUGCCAUUGAAGCUUAAUUUUUUUUAGACUUUAGUCUGCUGUAAAGUGGCUUUGAUUUAUCAGCAGCCUCUCUUUCCACCAAAGCGUCAGGGGGAAAAAGAUCAAUCUCUUUAAAAUGAUAUCUUCUUGAGGAUGCCGACCAAAAUGCCUCCAGAUAGAGCUUUUCUUACCUGCUUCAGCUAAAGGAAGCCUGCGUCUUGUGGAUGUGACGUGGUGUGAUGUGAUAGUGGCCGUGUAUUCUGAAGUCUUCUGUGUCAGGCUGAACUGGUACACUGGUACACAUGUGAACUGAAAGCUGCAGCCCUGCUAAUGUCAUGUAGCCUGCGCUAUUGCAUUGCAGAUGCAUGAAAUGGUGUUUUUUGCGUACAGAUACUGUACUCACUGAUGCAUUUGUGUUCUAAUGGCUGUUCCUUGUGUGUUUUGCUUGUCCCUGGUGGAAUGAAUGUGAGUGAGUGAGUGAGUGUCUCUGCGAGUGAGUGUGAGUGAGUGAGUGUCUGCAUGAGUGUGAAUGUGUGGGUGAGUGUGAGCGAGUGAGUGAGUGUCUGUGCGAGUGAGUGAGUGAGUGAGUGUCUGCGAGUGAGUGAGUGAGUGAGUGAGUGUCUGUGCGAGUGAGUGAGUGAGUGAGUGUCUGUGCGAGUGAGUGAGUGAGUGAGUGUCUGUGCGAGUGAGUGAGUGAGUGAGUGUCUGUGCGAGUGAGUGAGUGAGUGAGUGUCUGUGCGAGUGAGUGAGUGAGUGAGUGUCUGUGCGAGUGAGUGAGUAAGUGAGUGUCUGUGCGAGUGAGUGAGUGAGUGUCUGUGCGAGUGAGUGAGUGAGUGUCUGUGUGAGUGAGUGAGUGAGUGAGUGUCUGUGUGAGUGAGUGAGUGAGUGUCUGUGUGAGUGAGUGAGUGUCUGUGUGAGUGAGUGAGUGUCUGUGUGAGUGAGUGAGUGUCUGUGUGAGUGAGUGUCUGUGUGAGUGAGUGAGUGUCUGUGUGAGUGAGUGAGUGUCUGUGUGAGUGAGUGAGUGAGUGUCUGUGUGAGUGAGUGAGUGUCUGUGUGAGUGAGUGAGUGAGUGUCUGUGCGAGGGAGUGAGUGAGUGUCUAUGUGAGUGAGUGAGUGAGUGAGUGUCUGUGCGAGGGAGUGAGUGUCUGUGUGAGUGAGUGAGUGAGUGUCUGUGCGAGGGAGUGAGUGAGUGUCUGUGCGAGGGAGUGAGUGAGUGUUUGUGUGUGUGUGUGUGAGUGAGUGUCUGUGCGAGUGAGUGAAUGUGUUUGGAGCCCACGAAUGCAGUCCAAUCUUCCGUCACUGUGAUCCUAUUAACUGCUCCCUCUACCUGCCUUUGCACAUCCCCACUCCUGAACAAGGCCAUAUUCAAAGGACUAAAUAUUUUAUGUAACAAAUAUUAUGUAAUAUGAUUUCUAUUUUUUAACAGAGCAAGUCUAGAUAUAAGUGUGUAUAUAAACGUAUUCCUAUAAUAAUAUAAAUGUCUAAAUUAAGGAAGAGAAGCCUAUUUCUGAAUAGAAUGUACCAAAGCGUCGUCAUUCAGCAGAUUGAGUUUUAUUGUUUAAGCCACAGGUUAUUGUCUUUUUUUUUUCAUCCUCUGUCAGUGUUGACUUUUGAUGUCUUUUUUUUUUUUUUAAACGAUUAUUUUUAUUAUUAUUUUUAACACAUCUUUAUUAUUUUUGAAAAGUUGUACAGUUGCAGUGUUUACUGUACCUUCACUGCCAUGUGCAUGCUAUAAACAGCACUCGAGUUAUGUAAGUGAUGCGUGCGCCAUUAGAAAUCAAAGCAUAGGCAUGUCUCCAAUGCCAGAAUGUCCAGAGCAGAAAAGCCUUCAGUUCUACUGUAAUGAUCAUUCAAAAAACUUGUUUAAGUGUAUGUAUAAGUCCAAACUUUCUCUUUUUAUAAACCUGCUCUACUGUGGCUUGGUACCUUCAUGGUCAGCCUGCUAUUUAGGCUGAAUACUCUGUUGAUUUGCUGCACCCUCUUCAUAACUAUGUAUAUGUAUGUAUGUAUGUAUGUAUGUAUGUAUGUAUGUAUGUAUGUAUAUAUAUAUAUAUAUAUAUAUAUAUAUAUAUAUAUAUAUAUAUAUAUAUAUAUAUAUAUAAACUCUGUAUCUAGCACCCUUCAUGCAUUUUGAAUUCAUCUUAAAGUGUGCAUCAGUACUGAUAACAUUUUUUAAUGUGUGCUUUGCUUAAAGUAGUGAAAGAUGUAUUUCUUUUAAAAGGAAAAUAGCUUCUUAAAUACAAUGAAUAGAAAAACGCAGAAAAGAAAAGUAUCUGUAAAUUGAAAGAAACCUGACGUUUCCAAAAGAAACACUGAAAGUGUGCCAAGGUAAAAGGCUGCUUUCACACUUAUCUUUUGUUUGAGUUUCAUAAAGCUCCAUUAAAACCAUAUCCUCAUGCCUGGAGCAUGUAUUCUAUCAGGUGCAUUCAGAAAUGAAUAAAGGUGCAAGAUUGCAGAGCUUUCAAGCCAUA